CGUUAUUGCAGAGCUGCCUCGGAGCAAUCAAUCUCUCCGGCAAUGGCUACUAUCAGUCUUACUUCUUCUCCUCCUCCAUCUCCACCAACUAUCACUCCUGUUUCUUCUCCUCCCGCUCCACCCACUAUCUCUUCUAUUUCUUCUCGUGAGCUUCCUGAUCCUUUUUUUAAUCCUUUUUUUCUUUUUCCGGUUGCUUCACCAACUAUCAGUCCUGCGGAUAUUCCUGUUCCUUCACCAACUUUUUCUGCUGGUUAUUCGCCUACGGCUCCACCAACUAUCAGUCCGGUUGAUAUUCUUGUUCCUUCACCGACUUUUUCUGCUGAUUAUUCAUCGCCUCCGGCUCCACCAACUAUCAGCCGUCCUCCUCCAGGAAACCAUGGAAGUUCUUCUGCAAAAGUGAUUAUUGCCAUUGUAGUUCCAGUCAUUGGGAUUAUACUACUCCUCAUUGCAGUCCUUUAUUUUCUGAUGAGAAUUAGAAAUUCUAAGAAACAAAAUACUGAACUACAGACAACAGAUGAAAUUUCUGGCUCCGUCCAUGCUGGGGGGAAUUCAAAUGAGGAGUCCUUGCAAUAUGAUUUUGCUAGUAUUCAACUUAUUACCAAUGUAUUCUCUCCUGACAAUAAGAUUGGUGAAGGUGGAUAUGGUUCUGUAUACAAGGGAAUGCUUCCCAGCGGACAAGAAGUAGCUAUAAAAAGGCUCUCCAGGAACUCAGGACAAGGAGAAAAAGAAUUCAGGAACGAAGUUGAAGUAGUUGCCAAGCUUCAACACAAAAAUUUAGUUAAACUAUUGGGAUAUUGCUCCAAAAGAGAUGAAAAGAUACUUAUCUAUGAAUUUGUGCCCAAUGGAAGCCUUGAUUACUUUUUAUUUGAUCCUGAGAAACAACAUGUAUUGGAGUGGUCAAAACGCUACAAAAUUAUAAGAGGAAUUGCACGGGGACUACUUUACCUUCAUGAAGAUUCUCGUCUUAGAAUUAUACAUUGUGAUCUCAAAACAAGCAAUAUACUAUUGGAUGUAAAUAUGGAUCCAAAAAUAGCUGAUUUUGGAAUGGCGAAAACUUUUGGUAUUGAUCAAAUUCAAGGAAAUACAAGCAGAAUUGUUGGAACAUAUGGUUAUAUGUCUCCGGAGUAUGCAAUGCACGGAGAGUUUUCUGUGAAAUCAGAUGUUUUCAGUUUCGGUGUUAUGGUUAUAGAGAUUAUUACUGGAAAGAAAAAUCGCAACACUUGCCAAACGACAAAUAGAGCACAAGACCUUCUUAGCUAUGCUUGGGAACAGUGGAGGGAUGGCACACCAUUAGAAAUACUAGAUCCAGUUCUUGCAAAGUCGUCGUAUACAGUAAAUGAAGUCAUCCAUUGUUUGCACAUUGGUUUGUUAUGUGUUCAAGAAGAUGCAGAUGAAAGACCUACAAUGGAAGAUGUGGUUUUGAUGCUUAGUAGUUAUUCUACUAAUAACUGGUCAGCACCUCGUGAACCUGCAUUUUAUCGUAAUAGAAGUGGGAAUGUGCCAAAAGAAAUAUCGUUGGAACUGUCUGUGACGGUGAGUGAAGCGUCAACAAUUGGUAAACUUUGUCCAAGAUAAGGUGGCAAAUUUAUUUUGUCAAAGGAUUAUGGCAUCAUAAGCAUUUUCAGAGUUAAUCAAACCAAGUAAAAUUUAUGAAAAAUAUUACUUGUAACCCCAAAUUUUACUUCUUCUAACAAGUCUUGGAUAUGAUGUGGACAAUUUUAUCUGGCCCACAAGAUGAAAAUGUCUUAUCCAUGCUUACCACAUCAGGGGAUAUAAUUGAUGAAGUAAAAUUUGGGAGUCUCUAUAGUAGAACUCAAAAUUUAUUUUGAUUAAUAAUGUAUUUGGCAUUCAAAUUGUUUAGUCCAAUUAAUGGUGUU